CCUGGUCACCUCAGGUCCUGUUUCCCACGCUACCCCACGUCGGUCCGAGCUGUGCUAGGGACGGGGCUGCAAUAUGGACCGCUCGUAAAAUACCAAAAAUAAACAAACUCCUCCUUCCGAACAGCCUCCGGCAGCUCCCGCAGCCGCUCCGUCUCUCCCGCCCCGGGGCGGGACCGGCACCGCCGGGUGCGGGCGCGCAGAUAAAAUCUGGCCUUGCGGGAGGCGCUGUUCACCGGUAGGUGAGGGGCCCUCAGUCAGGAAAAAAAACCCCAAACCAGCCAAAAACCCGAAAAAAAACGAGGAGGAGAAGAUGGAGGAAGCAGAAGAGGAUGACAUGACAUGUGGAGACUUGGGAAAUGGACUUGGGAGAAGACCGGGAGGUGUUUAUGAAGGCGAAAAUUUACAAAAUUCCUAUUCAAUUAGAUCUAGGAAGGGGUCUGGAAAGACUUGUAAUUCCCCCUUGUCAGCAAAGGUAGCAGAAGAAAGCGAUGCUGCAGCUCUUCCUGGUCCAAAACAAAACAGCGUUUAUGAUGGAUCACUCAAAAGACCUGCCUCUAGUUCCAUACGAGAGAAUAGCUGUGAAUCUAAUACUGAAGUGUCAAAUGAAGAACUAAAGCAACGACUUCAGGAAGCUCUGGAGGAACUUGAAAUUUUGAAAGUUGAGCUUGAAGCAUCUCAAAGACAGCUUGAGGGAAAAUAUGAAGCCCUAAGAAUCCUGCAGAGCAUGGCAAUAUUUGAUAAAGCCACGAGCCAUACCAAAGCAAUGCUUCAGAAAACUGAGGAAGAAAAGAGGACUCUAGAGAAGGAAAUAAAUAUGUUGCAAUGGGAAAUUGAAUUUGAUCAGGACAGAUUUAAAAACAUAGAAGACACCUGGACAGAAAAAUAUGACAGAAUAUACUGUGAAAAUGCAGCUCUUAAGGAAGCAUUGAAAUUGAGGACAGAAGAAGUUAAAACACUUAAAGCUGAAAAUGCAAUCCUGAACCAGCAGUGCUUGGAAUGCCUUGCAAUGUUAGAUGUGAAACAACAGAAAGUUUUUCGGGAGAAUAUGUCACUGAACAAAAGUAACAUUACUGAUUUUACAGGUCUUGAACUGGCAGUGCUCGGAGCCUGCACCUGCAGUCCUGCUGAAGGGCAGCCUUGUCCCUGUGCCAAAGUGGCAGCUCUUACUCGAAAGCAACUCCUUCACCUCAAGCAAGAGAUUGAGAAUCUGAAGAAGAGUAAGGAUGAAGCGUAUAUCAUGGCAGAUGCCUUCAGAAUUGCAUUUGAGCAGCAACUGAUGCAGAGAAAGGACCAGGCCCUGAGGCUGGCAGAAAUGAUAAACAUGAAGAAGGAAACCAAAUUUGCAAACUGGAGACGUCUGCGAGGCACUGAGCGUGUCAAGUUACAGGGGAACAAGAACAACCUAGGGCGGAAGCUGUCCAGCCUGCUCUCAUCAGAUGGGGACUGCAGGAAGGUCGAGGAACUGGACAAUGCCCACGAAAUCCUGAGGAUGUUGAUAGAUCUGGUGAACGACAAGGAGGAGGCUCUGGCGCACCAGCGCAAGGUCAGCUACAUGCUGGCACGGGCAGCCGAGGCCAGGGAGGCUGGGCCGGGACAGGACAGGGGGGACAUGACAGGAAGGCGUUGGCUCGGACCCCAGAGCCCCCUGGACGCCCCUUACACUGACAGCCGUCGCCUCCCCACCCCAAGCCAUGCUCCUGCCCUGCACUGCGCGGGAGCAGCCGCAGGGCUCCGAAGGUUGAGCUCCUGGCCCUCAGCGCUGGGGGAUGGCUGAGGGGCUGUGUGAGCUCUUGCUGUAGCUGUGCGUGAGGGCAGCGUGGCUUUAUAAAAAAGAAGUUUGUCGUGGAAACACCAGAAAUUGUGCUGUGAUGGCGUCACUGUGGGGCUCAUGUCACAGCGUGGGCGCAGUGGCAGUCC